AUGUCUGCCCUGCCCCUGUCGCUGCCCCUGGCUCAACCCAGUCCGGUGGCAAGUCCGCCGGCGAGCAAGUCGCGCAUUCAAAUCGAAUGGGAUAUCAAUGAUACGAUUGUGCCGACGGUCAGCGAAUUCGACGAGUUCAACGACUGGGCCAACGGCCACUGUCGCCUGGUCUAUGCAGGGCACAACGAGGACGCCAAGAAGCACGCCAGCGGCUGGGCCAUGCGGAACACCAACAACCACAACGUCAACAUACUGAAGAAGAGCUGCCUGGGCGUGCUGCUGUGCAACGCCAAGUGCCAGCUGCCCAAUGGAGCCAGCGUCCAUCUGCGCCCGGCCAUAUGCGACAAGGCGCGCCGCAAGCAACAGGGCAAACAGUGUCCCAAUAGAAACUGCAAUGGACGCCUGGAGAUACAGCCGUGCCGCGGCCACUGCGGCUAUCCGGUCACACACUUUUGGCGGCGUGCCGGCAAUGCGAUCUACUUCCAGGCCAAGGGCACACACGAUCAUGCGCGGCCCGAGGCCAAGGGCUCCACGGAGGCCCGCCGGCUGCUCGCGGGCGGCAGGCGCGUGCGCAGCCUGGCCGUCAUGCUGGCCCGUGACGCAGCGCUCAGCGAUAAGCUGUGCAGUCUGCGCACCAACAAGCGCCAGGCCAAGACGCAGCAGCAGCUGCUGCUGCAGGAGGGCGGCAAACGCAAGCAGCGCUCGUCCAAUGCGGAACUGCUGCUGCAGCAACAGCCCGGCACGGAGCUAAUGGCGAGCUUCCAGACCGCUGGCCAUGCGACAGAUGCCACAGCAACUGGAACCGCAACAAACAACGCUUCCUCGAUCUUUAAUCCGGCGCAGAGCAGCUACGUGACGUCUCAAUGGAGCACGGAGAGCUACUAUCAGCCAGAUGCGCCGGCACUGGGUUACAGCAGCGGCAUCUACGGCUACGACAUGCUCCACUCGCCGCUCUCCUCCAACAGCUCCACGGGCAGCUACUAUAAUGCCCCGGAGGCGCAACAGCAGCAGCAGCAACAGAUUUUGCUGGAGCAGCAGACUCUGCCACAAACCAACAGCUAUGAUCAGACGACGACGACGACGACGACUACGUCCGGCUACCAGGCAGGCAUGAACCUGUACGAGAGCUGCGAUGACACCUCCAGCUUAACCAGCAGCUCUGGCUACAGCUCCGAGGAUUACAGCUAUUUCAAUGGCUACGUGCCGCAGAGUCUGGACGUGAGCGGCAGCUCCAAUGCUAGUCCGGAUGGCUUCUACACGCCUCACUCGGAGAUCUUCAGCGUGUUCGAUCCGAACAUCAAUGGCGGUGGCCCCUCCACCGUGGAGCUGCUGUACGAUGAGGCCACCGCCUAUCAGCAGCAGCAACAGCAGCAGCAAUCGCUGCAGCAGCAUCAAUCCUUCGUUGCAUCGCCCGCCGUCGCCGUCUCCUACCAGCAACAGUCUCAGCAGCAGCAGCAGCAGCACCAGACGGCGGAUUACUACUACAGCAACACGGGCGUGGACAAUGUGUGGAAUAUCCAAAUGGACGCGACUCCCGCAACGGCCUCCUACCAGAGCGCAACUAGCCAACUAGAGUCGGGCGUUGAAGUUUUCUGUUAAUCCUCCCGAUCUCGAUCUCGAAACACUCAAGCGUUGUUCUAGUCUCUAGUUGAUCCACAUCUCUCGCCUCGGCCGGUUGCGCACACUCGAAGUUAUGAUCCCCCCUUGCUUGUUGGUUUUGUCUUUAUAUUUGUCUUUCAUGUUUCUAGCUCUUAGUCAUUGAGAACAUUUGUUUCCCAGCUAUUCCA